AUGAAUGGUCUUCUCCUCAUAUGCCUUUAUGUAACCCUGGCUAUAGGUACCCCAUUGAACCUGCCUCAACCCAGAGGCUUUGAGCACAUGGGCAAGCUCAGUCAGUCUCUGGGUAGACGUCAAUUCGAUUACGAUGUCACGAGGAACGAGCUCAGCGAAUGCAAGGCGGUGACCCUAAUCUAUGCCCGCGGCACCAUUGAGCUCGGAAAUGUUGGCAGUAUCACUGGGCCGCCGUUCUUCAACGCUCUUGAUGUUUUACUGGGAUCAGACAAGUUGGCAGUGCAAGGCGUCGACUAUCCGGCUACCAUCCUCGGCUAUCUGGAAGGUGGCGACGUAGGUGGAGGACAGAAACUCGCGGAUUUGACAAAUCAGGCUGCGUCUCAGUGUCCAGAUACUCAAAUUGUCCUCAGCGGAUAUAGCCAAGGAGCACAGGUCGUGCACCUUGGAGCAAGCACGAUUUCCUCCGAGGCGGCUGCAAAGGUGGCUGCAAUUGUAUGCUCUCAUGCCGCGUUCAGAAAGAGCAGAAUGCUAAUUUCUCAGGUGCUGUUCGGCGAUCCUAAGAAAGACCAACCAUUUCCAAAUGUGGAUGGGAGUAAGGUGAAGACUUUUUGUUUCAAUGAAGACUUGAUCUGCGAUGCCACUCCGGUAGUGGAUUCUUAUCACCUGUCUUAUGCCGUUGACGCAAUCCCGGCUGCUCAAUUUGUCAAGUCUCAUGUACACGUUUGA